GCAAUUGUUUACCUCUUUUUCAUCCGCAAAUUUCUAAUUAAAUUAUAUGUUGAAUGUUCAUAGCCAUAAUAAUAAUUUGUCCAACGGAGAUAAGACGCCUCUGGUGUUAUCCCCAAUGUCGUCACUCCACGCUACCGUGAGCCUCCCACUGUUCUCCAACUCAAACCACAAAAAGCUAACGUGCGCAGCUACAUUAUCACCUCCGCCAUGGAAACAGAGCCGGCGAGUUAUCUCCGUCUCCUUUUUUCUCUCCCGUCUCCUCCUCCUCCCUAACGAUGCUAUGGCUGGUGGCUUAAUGGAUAAAUUGGAUAAAUACGUCAAGAGGAAGAAACUUGAUCCACUUGAAGCAUAUGUACCACCAGUGAUUCUAGCUCAGUUACAAAUCCAGGAUCUUGAGGGAUUUUUGAAUGUGGAGAAACCUGAAUUUGAGGCGUGUAGACGCCAAUUGCGGUCUGGUCCUGCUAGCUCUCUUCGUGUAAACAUUCGAGCUGUUGCUCAGUAUGCUUCAGAUGAUGGUUUCUCCAAAACCGCCACUGAUGAUGUUGAUCGAUGUUUAAGAGCAUUGGAAGAACUGGAUUCGUUGUUUCUACGUGCGUCGAGGAAAGAUUCAAAUGCAACUGUUGUAUUGAUGAAGUCACAGCUUGGAACAGCGUUAACCGCACUGGACAGUCUUCUACAAACAGUUCCUUCUCAAGUGCUUGAUAAAGGGAAAGCUAUGGUGGAAGUCUACAGAUCAGCAUCUGAAGAAGAUGCGGGAAGUGAUGAUUUAGAAUCCUCUGAGAUAAAGCAGCUCCAGUCCAUACUGUGAGAGGGGAGGUCACAGGACUAUUACUAUCCAAAAACAGUUGUUAAUCUUACAGCAUUGGUAUCAAAAACUCUUCUGAUUCAGUGUAUAUCAUGUAUUGUUAACUUCAAUUGAUGCAUAUAUUAAAACCAGAAUAGUUUGCUGCUAAAGUCGGCGAGGUGACAUGAUCCACAUCCACUUACCGGUUCUACCAAUGCAACAUCUGCUACACAUAACCGCAUACGUAUACUGGAGUAAUCUUAUCUAGCUUAUUUCCGCUGGGUGAUGACACGCUCAUAUAUCUCUAUCAAUUGUUAAACCCUUUCAUAUAAGACAUCUUUAUGUUUAAGAUUUCCAUCUAGGAGGAUUAACAAAUUGCGGAGCAAAAUCACUCUUGAGUUCUUAAGAGUUACUCUCGAUUU